AUGAAUUCCUAUUUUACGAACCCAUCGCUCUCAUGUCAUUUAAGUGGUGGUCAGGAAAUUAUUCCAAACGUUGCCCUUAACUCGACCAACUAUGACUCGGUGCGACAAUUCUCGUCCUAUGGCACCGCUGUGGCCCCGAACAGGAUAUACUCCAAUUCGUUCUAUUCAAAUCAAGAAAAUGCUAUGUUCGGGUCUGGACGAGCACCGUACGAGUUCGGAUCGCAUGUAUUCUACCAGGACAAGGAUGUGCUACCUACUUGUAGGCAAAACCUUGGACAGACACAGGAUUACGCUUUAGACCAAUACAAGACUACAUCGCCAGAAACAAAAGGAGCCGUUCAAAUAUAUCCGUGGAUGCAGCGAAUGAAUUCGCAUAGUGGAGUUGGCUAUGGGUCUGAUAGACGGCGAGGUCGCCAAAUCUAUUCGCGAUACCAAACUCUUGAACUUGAAAAGGAGUUCCAUUAUAACCGUUAUUUAACAAGGCGCAGACGAAUCGAAAUUUCGAAUGCGCUUUGUCUCACAGAACGUCAAAUCAAAAUUUGGUUUCAGAACCGAAGAAUGAAGUGGAAGAAGGAGAGCAAUUUAACAUCCACCCUCAAUGAAUGUCCAGCAGGCACUGGCCAGGAAACGGACAAAGUAGAAGCAGAGGAAAACACCGAAGGGAAUGAGAAAAACUGA